CUCUUCCUUCUCACCCCUCCAUUAAAUUGCAAUUUGCCCCGCUUCGACAUCUUUCGCGUACUCCUACCAACCCAUCCCUCUACCGUUCACACACUCGCCGCCAUACACCGAGACCAUACUACACAUCCAGAUACCAAGCUUCGUACCCCUUUGUUCAGCAGCACCAUGAGCAACAUCUUCAUCCUCAGGUCGAGCGACGGAAAGCCUCUGAAGCUCGAUCAAGCUGCCGACAUCGAGCCUCAUAUCGCCACCCUCAAGUCGAACGCCGAUGUAGAAGAGAUUCGCCUUGGUGGAAAUACCCUAGGAGUGGAAGCAUGCAAGGCUCUGGCGGAGGUUCUGAAAACCAAGAAAAAUCUCAAGAUCUUCAACGCUGCCGAUAUCUUUACUGGCCGUUUAAUCUCCGAGAUUCCCGAUGCGCUCACCGCCUUGUUGACCGCACUCCUCGCACUCCCCAACCUCCACACCGUCGAUCUUUCCGACAACGCUUUCGGUGGACGUUUGGCCGAACCACUCAAGGACUUUUACUCCAAGGCUGGCCCCCUUCGCCACCUUCUCCUCAACAACAAUGGUCUCGGUCCCGUCGGGGGCACGAUCGUCGCCAAUUCGAUCAAGGAACUAGCUGCCGUCAAAGCCGCUGAUUCGUCUCUGCCUCCUCUGGAAACCAUCGUCUGCGGUCGGAAUCGCCUCGAAGAUAGCUCGAUGGAGGCUUGGGCCAGCGCCUACGCAGCACACAAAAGUCUGAAGACUGUCAAGAUGGUGCAGAACGGAAUCCGACCGAAGGGCAUCGACAAGCUAUUGCGCGACGGUCUGUCGCACUGCAUCGGCUUGCUUCACCUUGACUUGCAGGACAACACCUUCACCGAAAUCGGUGCCGAAGCACUCGCUACUGUUGUGCCUGGUUGGACGAAGAUCGAGGCGCUGUGCGUAGGCGAAUGCCUGUUAUCGGCCCACGGUGGUGUCCUGCUCGGAGAAGCGCUGAAGUUGGACAAGACGCCGGCACUGAAGAAGCUGAGUCUGCAGUACAAUGAAAUCGACAUCAAGGGCGCCAAAGCCAUCCAGGCGGCAACGGAGAAGGCCCUGCCCAAGCUAGAGAUUCUCGAGCUCAAUGGCAACAAUUUCUCAGGGGAUGACCCCAUCGUCGAGGAACUACGGGAACUGUUUUCGGAGCGUGGCUUCGACGGCCUCGACAGCUUGAGCGAUAUGGAGGAGGACACUGACGACGAAGACGAGGAGGACGACGAGGAAGAGGCAGAGGCCAAGCAGGAGGAAGAGGAGAGGGCUGACCGAGCGGCCAAGGUUGUCAAGGAUGCCGAGAGAGCUGAACAGCAAAACGUUGCGCAGGAGAAGGACGUAAACGUCGACGACCUCGCGGAUCUCCUAGGAGCCACCAAGAUCACAGCGUAGGAGCAGUGAGCAACAGUGGUCGGUUUAGAUGUCUGUCUUGUAAUCUGGGGUUCUGGAGUUUUGUUUUUGGCGGUAAAUCAUGUCGUUUGUGUACUUAGGUGCUUGUUUACUUAGCUGUUGCCCCGAAGAGUUCCCAAAUUCCCUUUCAGAAAUUUUUAUUUUUGGUCUAACUAAGGUAGAAGGUGGGGGAGUAGAGUAGAUGCACUUGACAGUGCUUUGUUUGUUUUUGUUGUACCUAACUCUCUCAUCACGAUGAGAUGAGGGCGGCGAGUUUUGUAGACGGGUGUAGGAUAGGAGUAACAGCAAUUGUGCCUCUCAUCUGGAGUGCUUAUGAUG